CUGAACCCUCAAUUUGUAACGUCAACAGUGUCGAUUAAGUGGAACAGGGGUAGCUCAGGCAGAAUUUAUAUGAUCUCUUGUGAUUCGGGUGUUGAAAAACGAAAGCAGCAAAUAGUUGUUGAGUCGUUUCGUCUGCGCUCGGCCGUGUAAAAAUAAAAAAUCUAUCAAUUGAUGAUUAUGUUUUAAACUCAUAUCAGUGCCAUUUGACAUCUAUUGAAAUGAUCGUAACCCAAGAUUAUCUAUAAUUUUUUUUCACGUCUGUUCAAAGUGCUUUUUUGAAUGCUAAAAAAUUCAACAAAAAAGUGGACGCGCCCCCGUGCACUGCACACAUUCAAGUUACCGUUAACCACGCGCCUCCAUUGAAUUUUUUCUCGAUCAAAAUCGCACACGUGCUCCACCGACGCGACCGGCUGUUCGUUAUUUGUGAAUUAUUGCACGUAGGUAUUUAGGAUACUUACGGCAACCGUCAUGAUCCACGGCUCUGGCCGCCAGACUGCAAAGCGACGAGAUGAGUGCACCCUUUAAACACCGGCAGCAUCAUUUCGGAUUUUUUACCGGAACCAACACGCUCUGUAUCGCAGUCCCGAACAGGUUAAUGGAAACACAUCCGUCAAUACGUCGAACCGGAUCAGCAUCGCAGAGCAGCGUUUAUUACUGGAACUUGUACCUGGAUGCCACAAAUUAGCCGAUCGCCGUGGCAUUUACUGAUUUGUAGCGGGAACAGCGUCAUCUGUGUUACCUGCGGUAAUUUUAAUUGGCUUGCCUAAUUAUCGAAGUUCCUACGUUCAGAAGUCGCACGGAAUCAAAAAUUGUUGAUGUGACAUUGCCACAUCUUACCGGAUUGGAAGCUCGGUAUGACAUAGAUUUUAUUGUCGCUUACUGGCGGGACAACGAAACAUCGGCGACAGGUGAUGUCAACGUCAGCAGAUCGCGGUGAUUUAAUGAAAUCCCAGUAUGAUGACAUGUUGUCAGGAGGUGCUUUUGAUUUCCUCACGAUCACGGUUUCACCGGAGUGUGAUGUGCUUUGUGAAACGGGACAGGAUGGGUGCUGCAACAACACUAACAAAGAGGCGCAAAGUCCCGGUCACAGUAGAACUGUGAAUGCACGCCGUAGGUGGAAGCUGCUGGCCAAAGCCUUGCGGCAUGAUUCUAGUGAGGAUGACCCGAUACUGAAGUUCAAUUUGAUUGAACUUGAUCGCGCUUGUGAUGAAAAAGACGAAAAUAUUUAUGUUUAUAGGUUAGCGGAUCGAUACCGAUUGAAAAUUAGGUUAAUUGGAGAGCGACCGUGGACGGCGACUGAACUUAUGGGGUUCAACAAUACCGGAAAUAUCUGCGUAUGGCCAUCCGAAGAAGCUCUAGCGUACUAUGUUUUGUCACGGUUGAACAUUUUUGAAAACACCGAUGUUCUUGAGCUGGGCGGAGGAAUGACCUGCUUGGCUGGAUUGGUGCUGGCCAAGUACGGCAAUCCCUCGUUCGUGCAUGUAACCGAUGGCAACGAUUUAUCGAUAAAGAACGUCGAGAAGUCACUCCAUCUGAACAAAUUCAACUGCACCAUCAAAACAUCCGUGCUGAAGUGGGAAUCUGUGAGCAAUAAUCAAGCUUCAUUCCAUGCGGAUCGUGCCCGCUACCAGUUUAUCCUAUCGGCGGACUGUCUGUUCUUCGAUGAAUCGCGAUCGCAUCUAAUCGAUACCAUCUGGAUGUUUCUGGCCGACAGUGGGGUGGCCCUGAUCACGGCACCCCGCCGAGGCAACACCCUGGUCCACUUUCUCAACGAAUGCGUGGCCAAGGGCUUCUACUACGAUAUGCUGAACUGUUACAACGACGCGAUCUGGAACAAACAUCUGGAGCUCAUUCGGAUCGAGGGGUACGACGAAAAUAUCCACUAUCCGCUGUUGAUACGAAUGUACAAAAAAGAUUUCGAUCUGCGGCAUUGUUAGUAGGUACAUGUAGAAAAUUUGAAUGCUCCCGUGCAUAUUUGUAUUUUUUCCAAAGAAGAAAAAAAACAAGCAAAAUUUCCGCUUGUGUAGUUUUCAGAGACUUCACCACUGGUUGGAAACCAUUUCUCAAUGGUUUUGUAGAUAUGUCAUAGACUAGUUAGAACAAUUGUUUAUUGAGUAGCAAAAUGUUUUAGGUAAGGAUUUUUGAAACGUCAAAUCAUGGUUGACUUAGCUGAAUUAGCUUCAGGUAAUCGAAAAAACUAAUAGGGUAGAUAAUUUUCCAAGUGAGCUUAUCGGUUAAAAGGAAAACUUAGUAUUGGAGCAAAAGCAAGUGCAUUGCAAUUUACAAAGCACACAUGAUAAUCUGAGGUCAUUUAUCGUGGAAACAACAUUGGUAAAAUGUAGUUAGUGAAAUCAGUUUUUAACCUGGUUCAUAUCGUCCAGUUUUGAAUUAGUUUUAAUGCAUGAAUUUGGUACAGAAAAUUUAAAUUUGAGGGCGCGAUAUUCCAAUUAACAAACUACCUAGUUAUUGUUUUCGACAAUAGUUAAAACAUUUUCGUUUUCUAAAUUUUAAGACGUUUCUGCAAAAAACAGUUUGUCAUGAUGGGCAAAGCAAUGGAUAUUCGAAAUUCUUCAAUUAAGUUCAUUAUAAUAGUAAACUUUAUUGUCAGAUUAAGUGGACGAUUUUUUCUGAAGAAAUGAAUAUAAAACGGCGAGGAUCAAAAGCACUGUGACAAAAUAUUGUUGUUUCAUUCAGUCGGUAGGAGAAAAGUCAAAUGAAGAGCAAACAAUUUGUUGGAAAUCUUGCCGUUGUGGAUAAGCUCACCGUGAUUAGUCACGCAGAACCAUUUAGAAACUGUAAAAUUUCAGCUUGAGACAUACAAAUACAAACUAAAUUUAGUACUAAAAUUCCGACCAUUUGAAUGCCAGAUACAACUUCGACAUCACCAGUUGUUUAGAUAGAGUUUGAAAAUAUAUAGAAAUACUUGGGAUUGUUAAAUGAGGAAAAGU